AUGAAGUGCAUCCUGCUCGCCCUGGCCCUUGUGUGCGGCAUUCAGGCCGUCAUCAUCCCCAAGCCCAUGAAGCACCUGGACAUCAAGAAGGUGCAAGGGGACUGGAAAACCAUGAUGCUAUUGGCCAACAAUGUGGACCUCCUGGAACCCAAAAUUUCUCCCCUGCUGGUUUUCAUUAAUCACCUGAAAGUUGAUUCCCAGGACAACCUGGAGAUCACUGCAAACAAGUGGGAGAUGAAUAACUGUGUGGAGAAGAAGUGGACCAUGACUGCCACCAACCCCGCUGAAUUCCGCAUGGACUACCCACAGAAGAACCAGAAGAACCAGAUGAUUGUGGUCGAUACUGACUACCAGGACUUCCUGCUCCUCUGUGUGAAGAAUGUCGACUCCCAGCAGGUCCUGGCCUGCCAGUGCCUGACCAAGACUUUGAACUCCAACAAUGACCAGGCUUUGGAGAAAUGCAACAAAAUCACCAGGAAUCUGCCCAUUUACAACAAGAUCGUCCUCAGCGCCAGCCAGCUGAACGGAGGCCUAGAGAAGUUGCUGCUAACCGGGAGAUCCGGGGAGGUGAGAUUCCACCUAUGGACCAGCAGGGGGCGCGCCGGCCCCGCCCGCAGCCACCGCUACCACGUGACCCACCCGCAGCUUCUUUACGGCCUGUCGUGGCUGCUGUUGCCACGGAGACUGGAGCGUCCAUAG